UAGAGACAAACCAGCAGCUUCGUCUGAGUCCAGGAGAGAAAAGAGGAGACCUCCAACCCUGAAGCUUCACUCAGAGACUAAAUGGCUUCCAGAUUAGAGGAGGAUCUCUGCUGUCCGGUCUGUCAGGACGUCUUUAAGGAUCCGGUUGUUCUGUCAUGUAGCCACAGCUUCUGUAAGGAGUGUCUGAAGAACUGGUGGAGAGAGAAAGCAGCACAAGAGUGUCCAGUUUGUAGGAAAAGAUCUUCAAGAGGUCUUCCACCCUGUAAUCUGGCUCUGAAGAACCUGUGUGAGACCUUCCUACAGCAGAGAGACCAGAGAGCUUCAGAGGGUCUCUGCAGUCUGCACUCUGAGAAACUCAAACUCUUCUGUCUGGACCAUCAGCAGCCAGUGUGUCUCGUCUGCAGAGAUUCAGAGAAACACACCAACCACAGAUUCAGACCCAUCGAUGAAGCUGCUCAGAAACACAAGAAGAACCUUCAGGAAACUCUGGAACCUUUAAAGAAGAACCUGGAGCUCAGGAAGAAAGUUCUAGAGGAGUUUGAUGAGACAGCAGAACACAUGAAGGUCCAGGCCCGACACACAGAGAGGCUGAUUAAGGAGCAGUUUAAGAAGCUUCAUCAGUUUCUAGCAGAGGAAGAGGAGGCCAGGCUAGCUGCACUGAGGGAGGAAGAGGAGCAGAAGAGUGUGAUGAUGAAGGAGAAGAUGGAGGCUCUGAGCAGAGAGAUAGCAGCUCUUUCAGACACAGUCAGAGCCACAGAGGAGGAGCUGAGAGCUGAAGACGUCUCAUUCCUGCACAACUACAAGGCUGCAGUGGAAAGAGUCCAGCGCUGCCCCCUGCUGGAGGAUCCACAGCUGCCCUCAGGAGCUCUGAUAGACCAGGCCAAACAUCUGGGCAACCUGGCCUUCAACAUCUGGAGCAACAUGGAGAACAUGGUCUCAUACACUCCUCUCAUCCUGGACCCAAACACUGCUGGUUCAAAACUCAUCCUGUCUGAAGAUCUGACCAGUUUGACUUUAGGAGAGGAACAGCAGCUUCCUGAUAAUCCAGAGAGGUUUAGAUGGUGUUCUGUCCUGAGUUCUGAGGGCUUCAACUCAGGGAACCACAGCUGGGAUGUUGAUGUUGGAGACAGUAAAGGCUGGAUGCUUGGUGUGAUAGAAGAGUCUGUCCAGAGGAAGGGAGACAUAGAGUCUGGGUUGUUGGUUCUAGGGUUCUAUAAAGGUGAAUACUCAGCAGGGUCUCCUUCAUCUCCUCUCAUGUUUCUCUCAGUCCAGAAGAAGCUCCAGAGGAUCAGAGUGAAUCUGGACUGGGACAGAGGAAAGCUGUCCUUCUCUGAUCUGGACACUAACAUACACACCUUCACACACACCUUCACUGACAAGAUGUUUCCAUUCUUCUACACUGUGGGUAAAGUAAAAAUGCUACCGAUGAAGAUCUCAGUGAGCAAACAGCAGCUCUGAUGUUCUCAGCAUGAAGAACACAAAGUCCAGAUGAAACCUUGAUGAUCUGAUUGAAACUCAGUGAUUUUAAACAGAAUCUUGGAGCUUCUUAUUCUGAAUUACUUUGAAUUUAAAGUUAGUUCUUGGGUUACUUUAUAUUUUGGGUUAUUAACCAGAUUUAUUUGUAGGUUAAUAAUUAUUGAAAUGUUUAAUAAAAGGCACUGGAUUUUAUUUAGGGGAUUUAGAGGGAAGGGUCCUGAAUGUAAAUGCAUGCCACACUUUUCAGAUAUUUGUUUUUACAUUUUCAUUUUGCUCCACAUAAUAAAAUCUCAGCAGAUUUAUUGACAUUUAUGUUUUUAAUGCUGC